AUGAAUCAGUUUCUUUUCAGGAAUGGACAAAUUCCUUUUGCUUGGAGUGGAAAGUCAAGUCUGGGAUUCAUCCAGCGCUUUGCAACGUUUGUUAUUUCCCGUCCAUCCUGCUCGACUUAUGUUUGCUCUAGCAGAAGAUUUUCUACAGCCGGUAAUGAUGUGCUGAAAGAUGAAGGAAAAGCAAAACUGAGGCCAUCACCAGAGUUUUUAUCAUCAUUAGACUCAAACUCUCGUCAGUUUCUUGAUGAAAUAGUGGCAGAAGUUGAAAUAAUGGAAUGGAUGAUGCCACAUCCACCAUCUAUUCUGCGAGAUAAACAGUGGCAAAAGUUAAUGACAAUAAAGAAAACGGAAGAUCGAGUAGCCUAUUUGCGAGCAUACGCAAAGCACAUCUUUCGCGAUGAAAUGCGUGAAGCUAAAAAAAAGGCGAUCUUGAAAUCUCGAGGUGCACUACUCGAUUUUCAGCGUGCCAAGUUUGAUGCUGGUGCGAUGGGCUAUGGUCCAAUGAUGUAUGAAUUGGUAACUUCUAAUCUGGAACGCAAUGCAAGAAGAAUUAAGCAUGUCGAAGGUGCUGCGAUGUGGAGGACUUUACGGCUGAACGAAAAACCACGAAUCGUCUUGGACUGUCAGUUUAUUGCUAAAAAAUUCGAUGACUUUUCGUCUCGUCUUGCUACGCAACUAGAAUACAUUAUACAAGAAAAUCUUCGACGACGAGAACCAUUUGAUUUGUCAAUUGUCAACUACGAUGAAAACAAUCCGAACUGUGAGGCUGUCACGAAAUUUCUCAAGACUCAGUAUUCUCAUCAGACAAUUAUGCCACUGUAUACAAACGAAGAUGUAAUUGGUCUAUACAACAAAGAAAAUAUCAUUUAUGUUGCGAAGUGGUCUCAGCAAGUAAUACAAGCUCCACUAAAUGAUGAAGUUUAUGUGAUAUGUUUAGGCCGUGACAAUCGGUUGCCUCUUGGUGCUGCUCGAAAGCGCGGUUGCCGUACAGCGCGUAUACCAUUUAACGAGCACUUUAAACUUUACAACUUUCAUUUCCUUCCUUUUACAAGUGUAGUACGAGUUCUCCAUGAAGCUUAUCAAACUGGUGGAGACUGGCAUAAAGCUAUAUUGAAUGGUAUUUCCAGACGAUAUUUCAUUCCUCAAGAAGACAAUAUAUCUAGAACAAUGAGUACACAGGCAAGGCUCAAAAAUGAGGAGUUGACGGGUCAAAUAUCUCAAAUGAUUAUCGAUGCUUUACAAGCAGAUAAUGAUAGCAAAUAA